AAACGUAAAUAAACAGUUAAGCUUCGUAUAUUCAGUUUUGGUGUGUAAAGCAAGUAGCUUUAAUGAACAAACAACAAUACAAACGUGUAUUCACACAUUUGGACCAAAAUGGUGACGGUAAACUAUCGCCACCGGAGCUCCAAGUUUGCAUGGGGAAGAUCGGUGAAGAGUUGUCGUUGGAGGAGGCAGAGAUGGUGGCGGAGUUGAUGGCCUCCGACGGUGUUGGGUUGUUGAGCUUUGACGAUUUGGUUAAAGUGGUUGAAAGUGCAAAUGAGGAUGAGAAAGUGAAUGACUUAAAAAUGGCUUUUAAAAUGUAUGAAGAAGUAGAGGGGUGCGGUUGUAUAACUCCCAAAAGUUUGAGGAGAAUGCUUAGUAGAUUGGGCGAGUCGCGAACUGUCAAAGAGUGUGAGUUGAUGAUCGCGAAGUUUGACCUCGAUGGCAAUGGCGUUGUUGAUUUCGAUGAGUUUCAUCACAUGAUGGCAUGCUCGUGACUCGUGAGAACAAAUGUAUUGAUAGGUUGCAUGCAUGGUAUGAUUAACUGAGAUGUAUAUUUGAUUUAAUCAAUUUGUAUUAUUUCAUUCUUAUAAGUAUCAUAGUUGUUUCUGUGAUUA